CGGCGCGCAUAGUCGUAAUUUAUUCUUACUGCUGUUCCAACUGUCUCGGAUACGUUGUUCUAUAUUCUUGUAUCGUAAUUUUAAUUGCGAUUAUGGCGUCAUUUAAGGUACUGCUGCUUGCUGUGAUGUUGUGCGGAUUGUGUGAAAUUGUGCAUUCCCAUGGCAAAAAGAAAAACGGAACCCGCAACGAUCAGGAGGAAUACACCGCCUUGUUUGAUUCCAUAAACGAGAAAGUCAAGUUUCCAGUUCACGGUAAAAAACAACAGGGUGGUGCAUCAAGUGGACGCCAAUCGGGAAGUGCCAGUGAUGACGAUGACGACGAUUUUGGCAGUGAUGGCGACAUGUUCAGGAUUUUCACGUCGAUGAGCGGUAGUCUCGUGCCGGCUGCUUGCCAAAGCGAUGCAGAGUGCUCCGGAAGUGGACUCGUCUGCUCACGAUUCCUUGGCAAAUGCGUGGCCCCAGGAAAAAAUGCUACUAGUUGUGCACGUGCCCAAGUGUGCAACACCGACUCGGAUUGUUGUCCCGGGGAAAACUGUGAUAACUACAGCGGUUUAUUAACCAUAAAACGUUGUAGAGAAGGUAACUCCAGCGCCUCUGUCGCCGUAUCUUCCGACAGCGCCAAAGCCGCCCUUAGACCAUCCAUCAACGGACAAACCAAAGAUCUGCAAGCGCCCGAUACCUCCGCCAGUGCCGGUUCGGACUCCGUUGCAGCAGACAAGCCCAACGCCGCCAAAGUAUCGGUCUCAUCUUCCAAGAAGGAGAAACCGUCCAUGGGCGCAAGGAAAUCGAUGGCCGGAUACAGCACCGUCCCACUGGAAGCACCCUCCCAACCCGCCGCUCCAGUCGCUCCCCCCACCAGCAACGAUGUUCAGCCGGACGUUCAACCGGUCAGCGUUAAGGGUUCGGCGGCCGCCCAAUCCGCCUCCGGACAAAAGCGCAUUCAGGUCGCCGUGGAUCAGCCGACAGCGGCCGCUCCCGCCAACGUAUCAGUGAACAACGCUACAGGUGACGUCAGCGUUAAUGUUCCGGCGGCCGUUGGCUCUUCCGCGCAGACAGCUGGUUUGGCGUCGAAUGCCGGCGCCGCGGACAAGGCACAGAAGAUGUCCGCUCAAUCUGCGGAUGCAGGCGGUGAUGAAGUGGAAGGUUCCGGAUCCGAUCAGGAUGCUGAUGCGGGAAAGAACGUAGCGGCCAAACCGGCGGUUGUGCCCGAUCAGAACUCCGAUGCUAAUGCGCAGAGUGCGCAAUCGGCCGCGUCUGGGCCUGCAGCGCAAGCGUCGGGUGCCGCAUCAUCUUCUUCCAGUUCGGGGCCACAAAACGCAAAUGGAAUGAAAGGAAAAAGUAAAGCAAUGCCACUUGUUGAAACUGCUCCGGAAGCGCAGCCCACGAACGCUACCGCAACCGAUUCUAGUUCGGCGGCGCCACCGGCAACUACUCCCGAAAACCCAAACGAAAUCGAACUAAGCCUGAUGCAAACGCCUAGUGCCGGCUCAGCACUGCCGCCUAAAGUGCUCCUCUCGUCCAAGACCAGUAUUGUUAGGAAUAAAUCCAAAUCUAAGAAUCGGGUGUCCUCCGCUGAUGCGGCUGCAUCAAACACCAAAAGCGAUGACGCCAACGCUGUAGUGCCGCCUAAUGUUGCCAGAUACUGAUCAUCGAAGCUGUAGACCACAGAAGUGCUGUCGGUGCUUGUUUUACUACACUUAUUUCGGGAUAUUCGUAUUUGAAGAAGACUUAUCCGUGACCUCUCAUUACUAAAUAAAACAAUAAUUUGAAAUUUUCGAUGGAACUUUAUUGUGCUUUGUGGUAAUUUGAUAACACUAAAUAAAUCUAUGAAGAAAAAUUAAUGUUAUUAAAGCUGAAUGCGA